CUGCAGCGUCGCCCGCGUGAGUCCCUCACCCCCCAACAGCUUCGUGAGUGGUACGCUAGUUGGGGUUGUCGGGGUGGCCGUAGUGGGAGUCGUCCUGGAGUGAGUAGUUUGGCAGCUGCUUGUAGUGGCCAGGUGCAGCUUCAGCGUCGUCCGCGAGCAGUCCUUUCGCCCCACCAGCUUCGUGAGUGGUACGCUCAGCGUGACGGGUCACGGGGUACUGCUCGCUGUCCGUACGUCAUUCGCACUGGUGCUCGGACUGGUCAGCCUUGCGGGACGUUGGGUCACGCAGAGUCCCGCUGCUUCGCCCGUCUGAGCGACGCCUGGCGUACGGAGUUUGGCGACGCGGCUGAGCUCCCCGACUGGGUGGAGCUGCUUCGGCUGCGGGUAGAUAUCUAUACUCUUGACUAUGAUGCUAUCCUCACUGCCAUGUAUGCAUUGCCUACUAGUGAUGAGGGUGACUGUUACCUGUGUGUUCCGCCUGACCCGGGCAUUGAGGCUGCUGCUCUAGGUGCUGGUGAGGCUGCUGCUCUAGGUGCUAGUGCGUCUGCUGCCCCAGGUGCUGGUGAGUCUGCUCUCUCAGGUACCACGUCGUCUCAGGCCUUACACACCUUCACUCUUGACUCGGGUGCUUCCCGCUCCUUCUUUCGAGACCGCACCACGCUUACGCCGCUCAGUCGGCCGGUUGCGGUCUCCCUGGCAGACCCCUCUGGGGGUCCUGUCCUUGCUCACUUCUCCACUGUCCUCCCGUGUCCGGCGGCCCCCUCUGGCACCCUGUCUGGUCUUUACCUCCCCUCGUUCUCUACGAACUUGGUGAGUAGUGCUGACCUACAGGAUGCGGGGGUUCACCAGUUCACUCCUGCGAGUCAGCGGGUGACCCACUGCACGGACGCUCGGACAGGCCGACACCUGGCCACGUUUACACGUCGGCCGGGGUCGAGCCUGUACACACUGACCACUGCGUCUCCUCCAGUCACUGCGUCUGGUCAGGUAGCUGCGUCGGGUCAGGUGUUUGCUGCAGCGUCCAGGUCUGGUCCUGAGUCUGCCCCCUGUUCGUGUCGCCUCCUGUCUCACGAGACUCUCCUCUGGCACCACCGCCUUGGUCACCCCUCCCUGCUUCGUCUCCGAGGCAUGGCCUCCCGUGUCCUUGUCUCUGGUCUUCCCCGGUCCCUCCCUCCCCUUCCUCCGGGGCCUGGCCCUACCUGCGUCCCCUGUGUCGAGGGGCGGCAGCGGGCUGCCCCUCACUCCUCCCAGUUUCCUCCGACAGAGGCCCCGCUGCAGACGCUUCACAUGGACGUGUGGGGCCCGGCCCGCGUCCGUGGACAGGGUCACGAGCGCUACUUCCUGCUGGUGGUUGACGACUACUCGCGUUACACCACAGUCUUCCCCUUGCGCAGCAAGGGUGAUGUCACUGAGGUGUUGAUCGACUGGAUCCGCGCAGCUCGUCUCCAGCUCAGGCAGAGCUUCGGCUCGGACUUUCCUGUUCUGCGUCUGCACUCUGACAGAGGUGGAGAGUUCUCCUCUGGCCUUCUGCGAGCCUACUGUCGUGCACGAGGCAUCCGCCAGACCUUCACGCUUCCGGACUCUCCACAGCAAAAUGGGAUUGCUGAGCGCCGCAUUGGCAUGGUCAUGGACGUCGCCCGUACGUCCAUGAUGCAUGCGGCUGCCCCCCAUUUUCUGUGGCCGUUUGCGGUUCGGUACGCGGCGCAUCAGAUCAACCUUCACCCCAGGGUCUCCAUGCCGGAGACCUCCCCAGCCUUGCUGUGGACGGGGAAGGUUGGCGAUGCGUCUGCGUUCCGUGUCUGGGGAUCUCGGGCGUUUGUCCGCGACUUGUCUGCGGACAAACUGUCCCCUCGUGCUGCUCCUUGCGUCUUCCUUGGCUUCCCCCCUGACGCGCCAGGGUGGCAGUUCUACCACCCCACCUCUCGCCGUGUUCUGUCCUCCCAGGACGUCACGUUUGACGAGUCGGUCCCCUACUACCGCCUCUUCCCCUACCGCACUCCGUCCCUCCCCCCGCCACCGCUCUUCCUUGUACCAGGUCCCCCCCCGGUAGACCCCCUCCCCCCUCAGGGUCCUGCCCCUUCAGGUGUGUCCCAGGUAGACACAGUCGAGCCUGUCGAGGUUACUGGUGACUCUGGUGCUGCUGAGGGUGCUGAGCCUGGGGGUGCUGACUCUGGGGGUGCUGAGCGUGUGGGUGAUACGCCUGGGGGUGCUGAGCCUGAGGGUGCUACUACUGGGGGUCCUGAGCCUGGGGGUGCUACUACUGGGGGUGCUGAGCCUGGGGGUGCUGAGCCUGGGGGUGCUACGCCUGGGGGUGCUGAGCCUGGGGGUGCCACGCCUGGAGGUGCUGAGCUUGGGGGUGCAGAGCCUGAGGGAGCUGGGCCUACUCGUGUGGCGUCUGGCGGUGCUGAGCCUGGAGGUUCUCCGGGUGCUUCGUCUCGGCGGGAGCCACUCUCUCCACAGGAGCUGCGCGAGUGGUUUGCCCGGCGCUGGAGGCGUGCUGCUGGAGCUGGAGGUUCUUCGGCUGCUGAGGGUGCUGGUGCCGCGGGUCCCGGAGGGUGA